AUGGUAAGGGGGGAUGAUACAGUCCAAAGAUGCUUUCUGCCGCAUCACCCGGUCAUUAAAGAGGGAAGCACCACUACCAAGGUUCGCGUGGUGUUUGACGCUUCCUGUAAGACGUCUACAGGAAUCUCACUCAACGACGGAUUACUGGUUGGGCCAGUAAUUCAGGAAGACUUGCGCUCCAUCAUCUUGCGAAGUCGGUCCAAGCAAGUCAUGAUCGUGGCAGACGUGGAAAAGAUGUUCCGGCAGAUAAGGCUUCAAGAAUCAGAUCGACCGCUUCAAUCAAUACUUUGGCGACCACCAACUUCGAGGGAAGUCAACGUUUACGAGCUCAACACCGUUACUUACGGGACCAAACCGGCUCCGUUUUUGGCAACCCGCACAUUGCAGCAGCUUGCGAACGAUGAGCGACAUAGGUUUCCACUGGCGGCCAAGGCGUUCACAGAGGAUACCUAUAUGGACGACGUGAUAACUGGCGAAAAGGACGCAGAGGCAGCACUCGAGCUGAGGAUUCAGCUGGAAAAUGCUGCUGCAGCAGGAGGAUUUCGACUUCGAAAAUUUGCUUCCAAUUCUCGGCGAGUUUUGGAAGGCAUGCCCGAGGAAAAUGUAGCUAUCAAGGAUCCAGCGAUUGAUUUGUCAUCAAAUUCAUCGGUGAAAAUUCUUGGGUUGACAUGGUUGCCGAAAUCCGAUUCCUUGAUGUUCCAGUUCAACAUUCCAUCGUUUGAAAAAUCGGGAAAGUGGACCAAACGACAAAUUCUUUCUGUGAUCGCCUCGCUUUUCGACCCACUCGGCUUGCUAGGUGCAACUGACGACAAGGGAGAAAAAAUCGAUUGGGAUCAUCCAUUGCCUUCGACGGUGGGUGAGAUCUGGUGCCAAUAUUAUGCGAAACUACCUCUGUUGAACGAGAUAAAGGUUGAUCGUUGCGUCAUUUUACCGGAAGCAGUUCGUAUGGAGCUGCAUUGUUUCUCCGAUGCAUCUGAAAAGGCGUACGGCGGGUGCAUCUACAUCAAAAGUAUUGGCGAGCGUGGCGAGGUUCGAAUUGGUCUUGUUUCCUCUAAAUCUAGAGUUGCACCCCUGAAAAGCCAAUCAAUUCCAAGGCUUGAGCUCAACUGCGCUCUCUUAACGUCGGAGCUGUUCGAGAUGGUGAAGGGAUCGAUGAGAUUCGAAGGGCAGGUGUAUUUUUGGACGGAUUCCACCUGCGUUUGGCGUUGGUUGCAAGCUGUUCCAUCUACUUGGUCAACAUACGUAGCGAAUCGGGUCAGCAAGAUUCAAAAUCUCACUGACGGAUACACUUGGAGACACGUUCCUGGAAUCGACAACCCUGCAGAUCUUAUUUCCCGUGGGAUUUCGCCGGAAGAAAUUGGAAAUAAUCGAUUGUGGUGGCAGGGACCUACUUGGCUGCAAUUCGAAGAACCCAAAUGGCCGGAUUGCUUCGAGCAUUGUAACGACGAAACGCGAGAAGAAGAAAGGCGCAAGACGAAGGUGGUGGCGGUUGGAGUUUCAAAAAACACGGAAUUCAAUGCGUGGUUUUUGGAACGAUAUUCAAACAACAACGUGCUGAUUCGACACACGGCAUAUUUGUUACGGUUGCGGAGGUUUCUGCGCCUACGGAAAGCAGUUAAAUUUGAACCUUUUCUCUCGACAGCUGAAUUAUUUGAAGCAGAAAGCGCAGUCGCUCGUUGCGUUCAAUUAGAAUGUUUUCCGGAUGAAAUCCAGGCACUUUCAAAAGGAGAAAAUGUGCCCAGAAGAUCACCGUUGAGAUGGUUCAACCCCUUCCUGGACCAAAAUGGAAUCAUCAGAGUCGGAGGACGGAUUAGGAACUCAGCUGAGCAUUGGAAUACCGAACAUCCAAUUGUCCUUCCGGCGCGUCAUCAUUUAACGAAACUUAUUCUGGAAUAUUAUCACCGUCGUUUGCUGCACGCUGGGUUGCAACUUCUGCUAGCUACAGUUCGUCUUCGAUUCUGGCCCCUUGGUGGUGAGAAUUUUGCCAGACAUAUCAUCCACAAAUGCACUACCUGUUUUAGAGUUCGACCUACACCUGUCCAACAGUUUAUGGGAGAUCUUCCGGCGGAUCGAAUUAGGAUAGCUAGAACAUUCAAGAAAGCGGGGUUGGAUUACUUCGGUCCCGUUUACCUUCGCCCUGUCCCACGUCGUGCCGCGGUUAAGGGCUAUGUGGCGGUUUUUAUUUGCCUGUGCACAAAAGCUGUACACCUGGAGUUAGUCUCCGAUCUCUCUACGGAACGAUUUCUUCAGGCAUUUCAUCGAUUUGUCGCCAGGCGAGGGCGAUGCAGUGACGUUUAUUCCGACAACGGUACCAAUUUCGUCGGUGCGCGGAAUAAACUGAAGGAAUUGUUCACUCUACUGAAGGACCAGAAACACCGUGAGGACAUAUCCAGGGAUUGCAGCAGAUCAGGUAUCCAGUGGCACUUCAACCCUCCUGGAGCUCCGCACUUUGGAGGACUGUGGGAGGCAGCGGUGAAGUCGACAAAGAAGCACCUACUACGAACCAUCGGCGAAACACCUGUGUCACCUGAAAACUUUGCGGCUUUAUUAACACAAGUGGAAGCAUGCCUAGAUUCUCGUCCAAUCACAGCACUAUCGGACGAUCCAAACGACCUCGAACCGUUAACACCGGCACACUUUAUUAUCGGAGAAUCGUUUGAAGCUAUGCCAGAACCAGACUUCACAGAUGUCAAGGACUAUCGGUUGAGCGAGAUGCAGCUGAUGCAAAAAUAUCUCCAAUCCAUUUGGAAAAGAUGGAAAACGGAGUACUUGUGCCAACUCCAAGCACGAUCCAAACGGUGGAAACCCGCUUUGCCAAUCCAGGUUGGCCAGUUGGUUGUAAUCGUGGAGCAGAAUCUGCCACCUUGUCGCUGGAAGAUGGGGCGCAUUGAAGAGGUGCAUCCGGGUACUGACGGAGUUGUUCGGGUGGUUACUCUGAAAACAGCGUCUGGUUCGUUGAUGCGUCCUGUCGAGAAAGUAUGCCUUCUGCCUGUCGCCGACAACAAAAUUCCAAUGCCAGAAGAGGGAUCAAAACACUAA